CACACCUCAUUCCACUUUCUAAAAUUCUGAUACCCCUUUUUGAAAACCAGACACCAAUCAUCAAACAAACUCUCAAACUUCAAAACACCACACAACACAACACAGCACCCUCUCUCCAAAAAACAUAAACUCUCCCAGUCCCAGGCACCAGCACCAACACCAACACCAACACUUCUCUCUCUCUUGUUAUUGCUGCACACAAUCAAGUACACCCAUCAUCCUCCCUCUCUUCACGCCUGCAACUAGUGCUCAAUUUUGUGUUUGGCGCAUGCUAUUGCUAACCAACCAACCCUCUCCCUUCCAACAAUUCCUUCUUCUUCCUCUUCCCAUCAUCAUGCCACACUCACCUUUCUCUCUUUCUAUGUUUUAACUUUCUCAAACACCUUCUGACUUCUCCACUAUCUCUUCCAUUGCCCCUUCUUUAUUUAUCAUCAUGACCCUCAAACAAUUCAACCCAAGUUCCCAGCUUUGAUACCCUCUUGGCCUCUUCCUCUUGUCCCCCUUAAUGGGUCUUUCUCCAAUUCAACCAAAGGUUCCAUCUUUGAUAAGCCUCCAUGUUCUAGCCUUCCCAAAGGUGUAGCCUUUUGGGGGUGUAUAAGUAGUUUUGGCACACCCCAUUUUUUCUUUUGAAGAAACUGUGUGCUGCAGCUAUGGUUGCAGAAGCUUGGAUUGUAAAGAUGGGUAACCAGGUAAGCUCCAAUCUCAAGCAUGCCCUUCUUCUUGAAACUUUGACCAAGAGGAAACAGAGCAACAAGAGGUCAGACACCAAAGUAACCAUAGGUAUUCUUUCUUUUGAGGUAGCAAAUGUGAUGUCCAAAACUGUGCACCUCCACAGGUCACUGUCAGAGUCUGAGAUCUCAAAGCUGAGGAAUGAGAUCUUGGGCUCAGAGGGUGUUAAGAAUUUGGUGUCCUCUGAUGAGUCCUAUCUCCUCGAGCUGGCUCUGGCUGAAAAGCUUGAGGAGUUGAACAGGGUUGCUAGUGUGGUCUCUAGGUUGGGGAAGAAGUGCUCUGAGCCUGCCCUGCAAGGGUUUGAGCAUGUGUAUGGGGACAUUGUUGGUGGGGUUAUAGAUGUCAAGGAAUUGGGGUUCUUGGUUAAGCAUAUGGAGGGAAUGGUGAGGAAAAUGGAUAGGUAUGUUAGUGUCACUAGGAAUUUGUACAGUGAGAUGGAGGUGUUGAAUGAGUUGGAGCAAGCAGUGAAGAAGUUUCAGCAUAAUCAGCAUGAGGAGAGUAGGAGGGCCUUUGAGCAGAAGCUCAUGUGGCAGAAGCAAGAUGUGAGGCAUCUUAAGGAUGUUUCCCUUUGGAACCAGAACUUUGAUAAGGUUGUUGAGUUGUUAGCUAGGACAGUUUGUACCAUUUAUGCUAGGAUUUCUGCAAUCUUUGGUGAAUCAGCUCUGAGGAAGAAUGCCCUUGGGCUUGGAGGAAGCUCACCGGUUGCCCAAAAUGAAUGGGGUAAUGUUCAGGCAAGUUCUGAGAGGUUGAAGCGCAACCAGAGCAAGAGAAAUGGAUACCAUUCUGGUUCGGUUGGGAGAAUCCCUGCGGCGGAGAAAAGGGGAGCUACUAGUAGGCCUCAGAUUGAUUUAAGGAGAGGUGAGUUAGCACCUCUCCGACCAGAGGAUUUUGGAUUUCCAUGUGGAACAAGUCCAGGGAGACUUUUCAUGGAAUGCCUGAGUUUGAGUAGCUCAGUUUCGAAAUUUGAUGAUGCUGAUGAUGAUUAUGUGAUGAACCGGGAGGAUCAACAUAGUAGCUAUCGCAGUGUUGGGAUAGGGAAUAACAGCAUGAAGAGGGAACACACAUGCCAUUCUGGUAUUCUAACUAAUGCUCAAAGUGGUGUUCCUUUCACUGGAGAUCUAAGACAAGCCAAAUUUGGUGUUCAAAGUUGCACUACAUUUGGUCCUAAAAGUAGGUUAGCUGUUUAUGCUCCUCCUUCCACACUUGGAGGGUGUGCUCUAGCAUUGCACUAUGCCAAUGUCAUAAUUGUCAUUGAGAAGCUGCUUCGAUACCCUCAUUUAGUCGGCGAGGAAGCGAGGGAUGAUCUAUAUCAGAUGCUUCCUUCGAGCUUAAGGUUGUCACUUAAGGCCAAACUGAAGUCCUAUGUGAAGAAUUUGGCCAUAUAUGAUGCCCCUCUUGCCCAUGACUGGAAGGAGAAUCUUGAUGGGAUACUCAAAUGGCUUGCUCCUCUUGCUCACAACAUGAUCAGAUGGCAAAGUGAGCGGAAUUUUGAACAACACCAAAUCGUCAGCAGGACGAAUGUUCUGCUGCUUCAGACAUUAUACUUUGCUGACAGGGAAAAGACGGAGGAAUCAAUCUGUGAACUUCUUGUUGGGUUGAAUUACAUAUGCCGGUACGAGCAUCAGCAAAAUGCUCUACUGGAUUGUGCAAGCAGUUUUGAUUUUGAAGAUUGCGUGGAGUGGCAAUUGCAAUGUGGAGAUUCUUUUCUCAAUUGAAUACAUUUUGAAUUUUGAAAUCUUCAAUAUGGUGGUGAGCAUUUUCUUGAUUUUAAAUAUCUUAUGAGGAUAUCAUCUCAAUACAAUGUGGAAUUACCAACUUUACACGUUGAGGGCUAAUAUUGUUGAAGACUUGAAAAGUAUAAUUGUAUUUAUUUACUGUUUGACUCGCAGUGGAUAAGCAGUCAUAUUUAUAAAGGGGCAUAGAAGUUCAAUCAUACUGAACUUGUAUAUAUUUAUGUACAGAUUGCUUAUUGCUUAGAGUAUGCUUUGUUAGAAUCGUUGUCAUGAAUAGCACAGAAAAACUAGUAUUGGUUUCAUAAUUUUUAAGCUGGUGUUGAUUUGUUGGUGCUUGUAUUUCUAUUCUAGUUCUGUAUCAUGAAUAUGAUCAAAUCAUAAGGUCUAGUUUUCUUGUCUGUAA